AUGACCCAUCAGACUAGGGCCAUUGGCUUGAUUCGUGAAAGAUCUGCCGAACUGCAUCAUCUCAGCGAGGCCCGCCAAGAUGCCAGACGUCUACUGGACGAAAUCACACAGGAAGAAAGCCGCCUCAAAGCCAUUGGGGCCAUAUUAGCAAAGAUCGAACAGGAGGUUGAUGCUUUGUAUGAAAAUGCGCCAGCUACGGUUGCUCGUGGAAUUCACUCCACGGAACUGCGCAACACUUUCAACGUAAUUGACGAUGACUUCUCGGCUCUGCAAAAGCACUGCUCCGAGUUGAUACAGUUCCAGAACAAAAUCGCAGGACUUGGCAGCGAACACGCGGAAAAUUUACGACGAGUUGAAGACUGGUUCUCAAAAAUCGAGAGGGAUCUCGACGAAGUUGAACGUGGACCUGACGCGGACGUCGAAAAGAAACUUGUCAUUCUAGAAGGGCUCAAUCAAGAGGUAGUCAAUGGAAACGUGCAUAUAGACCACGCUGACCAGGCGUCUCGACGGCUCCUUGGCGCGCUUGAUGGUCUGAGUGCUCAUCCUGAUGCGUCCAAAAGGCAUGAAGCGGAGUCAGAAGAACGGCGCAGACGGCAUUCAAAACUAGUUGACCGCAUGCAGCAGGCAUUCAAUCAAGCAACCGCCCAAAAAGCUGCCAACGAAGGUGUUCGUGACGCAGUUCACGAUUUAUGUUCCUGGAUAGAAGACUUUGAAAGCCGUUCUUGUACGAAUCGGGAUAUCCCAUUAAUUGAGGAAGAACUGAACCAAUUGAAGCGUGACGAGCAAAUGCUGCGAAUGGACCUUGACAGUCGGUUGUCGCUCACUAACGAUCUCGAAAAUGACUUGAAAAAGCUAGCUGGCAGUAAUCCGCCGGAAUGGGUGGAGGCUACCGAGCAAAAACUAAAGGAUGCUGCUCUACGUUUGCAACGUAAUAGCACCGAACUCAGGGGAUUCCGUGACAAUGUGAAUGAUGCCCUUGAAGGAGUGAUUGCAUUGGAUGCAUUUGGAGUAGCUCUGGACCGUUCUUGUGAUGCGACGUCAGCGAUUCUACGAUCGAUGAGCGCUCGUGAUGACCAAGGGCUAAACGAAAUCGCUUCUGAACUCGCCGCUCUAGACUCUCAGUUAACGGAUAUGAUGAGAACUGCUGAAACCAUCAAGAAAAUACCGAACGUAACCAAAACACAAGCAGUGGACCAACUGAUCCGAAAUGCUGAUGAGAAGUUGCAUGUCCUUAAUAAGGAAUUGACUGCUAAGUAUUCGACACAGGAAGAAGUUGGUCGUUUGGAAAGCGAUUUUGAAAAUGCGAAACAGAGAAUGGCCGACUGGAUCAGUCAGUUUGACGCUGAGCUUUUGGAGCUGAAACCUGUUUCCAUCGAUCAUGAUAAACUUAGUGAACAACGUAAAGAUCAGCUUGCUCUAGUCGAGAAACAUAAAGAAGGUCUCAACCUACUAGAGGAUUUGGAAGCGGUCUCAAUGCGUUUGACUGAAGCAGAACGUGAAACUGGUAGCAAUAGACUGAGCGUAACCCCUCGUAUCACUAUGGAGCUUGUGGCAAAGUACAAUGCCCAAGCAGAAGCGCUGCGAUCUCGUUUGGAAAGAAUAAAUGCUGCAGAUCAGAAGGCGAUUGAACUGCAAACCACAGAGAAUGAGCUAUCUGCUUGGAUAUCAUCGCAAAUGAAAUCCCUGUCGGAACACGAUGUGCCGACAUCAAUCGACUCAGUGAAUGCACUACUGGCUGCUUUGGACCGUAUGUCAAAAGCGAAAAGGCAAGAGCAACGACGACUUGAUGAUAUUCGUUUGCGUGGUCGCGAACUGGCAGCCGAUGCACGAUUGGCAGGAGAGGGUGAGCAGUUGCUUGAGCGCCAUCGGGCCCUUUCGGAGAAAUGGGACCAACUAACGGACCUCAUGGAAGCCGCCCGAGAACGUGCUUCUGUUGCCGAAAAAUGGAUUGAAGGACAUGCUGCUCUAGAAAAAUGGCUGGGUGCAAAACGUCGAAUGCUCCUGGCUAUAGGAGCUCCUACGACGGAUGCUGCCAUUGCAAGGACACAAAUGGGACAGAUUCAGUUGAUUAACGCCGAAAUGGAUGGAGAACGAGCCAGUUACAAGAAACUGAAGGCUAUGCUAGAAUCACUGCCUGAAUCAUCAUCAAAUGGCGGUCUUGCAGCCCUGAUGAACGAGUUGAGUUCUGGACUGGCGUCAUUUGAGAAAGAACUCGCCGACAAAGAGCGCAACGUUCAGCGAGCCUCGGAUUUAGGAUCUGAAAUCAAAUCCAUGCAGAAAGCAGUCAUGUCCGUCGAUUUUCUUUUUUGUUGUUUUGAAAAAAGGGCCGUUCUCAGCGCUGAGCUGAUUUUCCGUUUCAGGAAUGAUGUUGCUGUACUGGAAUCUGAUAUCGAAAAAUUUGGAGCAUUACUGCCAUCAGAAGUUGAGGCUCGACUUAGUGAAUUGUCUGCUUUGAAAUCGCAGCUGGUGGAUUUAUCCGAGCAGGUCGAUCACAUGUCCCAUUUGGUCGAACCAUCAAAUGAUUUGGAAAUAGACCCAAUGAACAAGGGCGAUUUAGAUGAACAGAUGAGCAAUAUGAAGAAGAAAAUUGAUGAGAUGAGUCGGAAGCUCGACCAGUUGAAGAACAUUGCCUUGUCGUCUCGAAGUGAAGGCGAUGAGAUCGAGAAGAAGCUCGAGGUUCUGUUAGACGUGGCUCGUGAAGCAAGAUCUGAGAUUGAGGAGGCCCCACCGAUAUCUGCUGAGCGAAACAGGCUUCAAGAGCAUAUGGAUUCGAUCAACGCCUUAUUGGUGAAAGUCAAUGAUCUUGAAGGAGAUUUCCCCUAUGUCAGAGCAAUGGUGACAGAGCGUUUGAAGAAGGUGCCUGAUGACGAUCUACAAAUGAAAAUGCAAUAUCUAGCAAGUAAUUGGAAUCCCACUGUCACAAAUGUCAAGGACAAAAAAGCUAUGAUAGCCAAAGUGAGUGCAUUUGAAAAUACGUUGCUUUAG